AUGGCUACCUCUCCUCCAAAGCGUUCCUUCAUUCUGGACUUUGAUGGUACAAUCACAACCAAAGACACGAUCUCCACAUUAUUUAAAAUCGCUCUCGAAACCCAAUCCUCAAAAGGAAAAGACAAGUCUCAAGCACUUCAAAAAAUAAUUUCCGAAUACUCCGCGGACUUCGAGACACACAUAUCAUCUUACACGCCAAAGAAGGAAGACCAAGUCACAAUCCAGCAAGAAAUCGACUAUCAAAGAAGCUUGAGAGAUGUGGAAUUGAGGAGCUUCAACCGAGUCAGCAAGUCAGGGAUCUUUGCUGGACUUGAUGAGGAGGAGUGGUGCUUCCGCGCAGGUGAAGCCAUUGAACAAGGUACCGUUGAAUGUAGACUCGGCCUUCGUGGAUUCCUUUCCACUAUAAGAGGAAGGCGGGCGCUAUUUGAUGAUACAGUGGCGAAAGGGAGAUGGGGAAUUGUAUCCGUCAAUUUCUCGGCCAAUUUUAUCAAAGGCUUUCUAGUGGGCUUGCUUGUAGAUGAUAUGGUGGAAGGAAUUGAAAUACUCGCUAAUGAACCAAGGGAAGAGGAUGGUGUACUUGAGGGGCCAAUGAUAAGUGGAAAGAAGGAGGUGAUUGCGACCUCUGAUGGGAAAUUGAAGGCUAUGAGGGAGUUAAUACAGAGAUGGCAAGAGAAGGGAGAGGAAAUAGGACAAGUCUUUUACUUUGGUGAUUCCGGCACAGAUUUGGAGUGUUUGACAGAAGCGGAUGUAGGGGUGAUUCUCUCUGACAACCAAAACGGUCCGCUGAUGGAUACGAUGAAGAGACUCAAAAUGGAAGUCUCGCAUAUUGAUGAUUACAAGGAAAGGGAUGGGAAUGCAUUGUACUGGGCGCCAGAUUUCAAAAUUAUCAGAAGCACCAUUUUCGGAUAA